AUGCCCAUGUCGCUUCAGCUUCCGAUGGCUGCACUGCCACCCAUGACCUCCACACCGCCUGCUGGUUGCACCAUGCAAGCAUCGCCUGUGCCUGCACCGUUCCCAGCUGUUUUCCAGGCGAAUCCAGUGGCGGCUCAUUCCUGGCCCACGAGCAGAUGGCCUGCAGGCAACGGAACGAGGGGUAACAUGGGAGUUAACGGCAGUGGGGACGCGGGUGUACCAGACCGCAUGAAUGGUGAUGCCGGUGGGGACGCAGUAGAGGAAUGCUUGCAGGCCAUGCAGGCCAUGUCCAUCGACCCAUCCGAUUCCUCUACUCACGUUUCUCAGCCAUCCAAGUGGAGCAGCUUGGCGGAGGGUGCACCAGGCAGAGCUGAUUGCCAGUCAAUGGGUGACUGCAGCAAGUUCCCAGGGAGUGGCAGCAUGCCAUCUUCCUUGCACCUGCACCGCCCCUCCUCUGACUAUAGCUCCACGUCAGCCACUCCCUCGGUGCCCCACCAGCAAACAGUACGACAUGUACCAACCAAUCAGCAACAGCCAUCAUAUUCUAUAGACGCAUACCCGCGCCUAUCGCCUCCGUUCUUCUGGCAUGAGGCUGUGUGGAUGCCUGGUUUCGCUCUCUCCCAUGGCUUCUUCCCUUCCUCCUCCACCAACACCAGAAGCAGUAGCGCAGCCAGCAGCAAGUGCGCCAGUAGCACGCCUUUCAAUGGUGUGGCACACCCAUUGGGUCCAUUCCCUGGAUCGCUUCCUGUCCCAGGCAAUGGGGUUUUCAACUGGUCUAUGUUACAGCAGCAGCACAUGUACAUGCAGCACCAGCAGCAACAGCUGCAGCAGCAGCAGAAACAGCAGCAGCUGCAGCAACAACAGCAGCAGCAGGAGCAACAGGAGCAGCAGCUUCUCGUGAAACCCGUUCCACAGCGUGCAGAGCCCAUAACCAAGGAGGGCAGCGCUGACAGAGGAUGCCAGCAAGGUGUGCCAGGCACUGAAACCCCACGGCAGGAACACGACAUGAAGACUGGGGAUGUGAGAGAGAAUGAGGAGGAGAGUGAAGGAAAAGCAAGUGAUUAUGAAGAACCGUGUGGUACAACGGCAGGGAGUGAAUGCAACAAGGCCGAGAAAACAGACGACAAUGUAAUUUCUCCAGACAGCCCGAAGGCGCAUGACUGCUCCUCUUCUGCACAUCCCUCGCAGUCCUCACGGCCCGCACAGCCUUUACCUCGGCAGUCUCCUCUUCAGAGCAGAACCCCGUCCCGCCUCAAGCCAUGUGACUCUGUGCACGUUCAUCUCUCUCUCUCCCUCCAAAUCCCCUCCCCACGCGCCUUCUCUCGCCUCUUCAGGAAGCCUCCACGUGCCCGCAGAUCCCCAGGCCUCAGAGUGCUGUCACCGGGCCUCAGUCCCACGCAAAAGCAGCUGCUUGCAGGGGAAGCUGCGCACGGCAUGGGGCUCAGAAGCCCUUCUUCCCCCCGUUGCGCCGCCACUUCUCCACGUCUGCGCUCCUGCCGCACUUCCUUCCCCCCCUGUGUCCCCCGCUGCAGCCCCACCUUUUCUUUUCUUCCGGAUUCGCUUUCCCCGCUCCACUCCCCUCUGGUCCUCUCACCCACUGUUGCCCUGCAUGUCUCGCAUCCCUCAUCCCCAGUUGGCCCCUGUUCCCCCCGCUGCUGUUUGCAAGGCACCAGCCCAGCAAGGAAGAGGGAGAGUGUGAAGUGCAACAUGGGCAAUGAUAGGGGUAGGGGUGGUGGAGAAGAGGAUAGGCUAAAAGAGGCAGGCGGGUUGGAGAAGGAAGGAAAUGCUCGCACUGGAGUGGGUGCAAAUGGUGGGAGGGGGAAAGCUCUGAAACGGAGUCCACUUGGGAUUUAUCCAAUCGCUGACAAGCCACUCUCUGCGGUGCAGGUUUCCCUGCACCAGCGUGAGCAGUGUUUCCACCAUUUCUUCCAGGUCUUCCGCAAUGUCUUCCCACAUUCACGCUCUCUCUCCGCCAUCCUCCCCGCCACCCUCCCCGCCACCCUCCUCCCCCAACCCCCUUCCCCCCGGCGCGCAGACGAGUAUCUUGUGAAGCGGCCCGCCAAGCCGUCGGCGGCGGAGUCGGUGCAGUGCGAAUGCCACAAGGGCGCGGGGGGCCGCGCGCGGGAGAGCAUCACGGGCCGGGGGUGGAAGCGACUGGUGGUGGCGGAAGAGGAGGAGGAGGAUGAGGAGGAGGGGGAAGAGGAGGGGAGUGAUGAUGGGAGCUCGGAUGAUGGUUCGGAGGGGGGAGAUGGAGCAGAGGAGAGCGACGAGGAGGAUGAGGAGGAGGGGGAGGAAGGAGAGGAUUCAGAAUCGGAGGAAGAGGAGGAGGAGGAGGCGGCGGAGGAUGAGGAGGAUGGGGAGUGGCAGGGAGGCAAGAGGAAGGCGAGCGCGUCCUGCACCUCCUGUCAAGGAGAUUGCGGCUCUCCUUCCUCGCACCGUCUGCUCUCUCCACUCCCCACGCUCAUCCCUUUACACUCUCACGCUCUCCUCUUUCUCUCUCAUUCCCCGUUCAUCCUCUACCCUCCCUCCCCCUCCCCUUCUCCCCUCCUCCCCUCUCCUUCCCCCUCCUUCCCCCUCCUUCCCCCUCCUUCCCCCUCCUUCCCCCUGCACGUGUCCUCACCCCCCAACCCAACCCAGCAUGCUGCACGUGAGUUGCAGCAAGCACUGCGGACGGAUAAGUGCGGGUGGGGCCUCAAGGCCAACGAGGACCUCCCUGCGGGAUGCUACGUGAUGGAGUAUGUGGGGCAAGUGAUAGACGACGCCACGUGCGAGCAGCGCCUGUGGGACAUGAAGGCCGCCGGGGAGACCGACUUCUACCUCUGCGAGGUGAGCAGUGACAUGAUCAUAGACGCGCGCUACAAGGGCAACCUCUCGCGCCUCAUCAACCACUCCUGCAACCCCAACUGCGAACUGCAGAAGUGGCAGAUGGAUGGGGAGGUGCGCAUAGGCGUGUGCACGCUGCGCGCAGUCAGCAAGGGGCAGUUCCUCACAUACGACUACCAGUUCAUAGGGUUCGAGCUACAGCCCAAGGAGUGCCACUGCGGGGAGCCCAACUGCCGCGGCCUCCUCGCCACGCGCACCAUCUCCCCCUUCACCCUCCCCCUCCCCUUCCCCGCCCCCGCCCUCCCCGCGCUCCCCAUUCCGCCCGCCUUGCCCGCCACCCCCCCGCAUGCAGGGGGAACCGUUCCCCCUGGGGGCGCGCAGGGGAAGGGGAAGCGCGGAGGCAGAGGGGGAAAAGGGGACGGAAUAAAAGGGGAAGGGAGGGGGAAGACUGUGGUGGAUGUGUGUGGGGGAGUCGUAACAGGGGGCAGCGGGGCAGGCAGGGGCGGGCCGAAGAGGCAGCAUCUGUCAGAGCUGCAUGCGGACGGGCACACUCUGGUGAGCGCUGGUGGUGCGCUUGACACUGACCGAGACUUGGCUGAUGUUUCUCGUGCCAGGGCUAAGAGUAUGGCUCUAGAGGCGGAUGAGGAGGAGGAGGAGGACGUGGAGGAGGAAGAGGAGGAGGAGGAGGAGGAGGCAGAUGAGGAGGAAGAGGAGGAGGAUGAAGAGGAGGAGGAAGAUGAGGAGGAAGAGGGAGAGGAAGAGGAAGAGGAAGAGGAGGAAGUGGAGGAAGAUGAGGAAGUGGAGGAAGAGGAAGAGGAAGAGGAAGAGGAAGAGGAAGAGGAAGAGGAAGAGGAAGAGGAAGAGGAGGAAGAUCUGCAGGAGCGCGGGGAAGAGAUAUCUGGGGAGGGGCGUCGUGGGAGCAGGCGCCUCAUUCCGGGGCCGGGGUGGGCCCCGGUGCCCCUGCUGCGCGGCACCAGGCGCAAGCGCCAGGCACGAGGAGUGCGAGGGGGCAUGCGCAGUGAUGUGCGCGGUAGCACUGCUGGCGCUGCUGCUGGGGGCAGCACCGCUGCUGGGGCCACCGGUGGGGAGGGCGGCGAGGGGGAGGGAGGUGGCAGGAGGGCGCAGGAGGGAUCGUGUGUGACGUCAGUGGCUGCGGCUGGGGGCCGUGCUGCUGUGGCGGUGGGUGGGUGCGCUGGCGGGCAGGGGGACGUGGGCGUGGGCGUGGGCGUGGGCGUGGGCGUGGGCGUGGGCGUGGGCGUGGGUAUGGGUAUGGGCAGGGAGUGGGUUUCUUGCUGUCCUGCCUCUCACUGCCACCUCUGUGCUGCUGCUGCGGUUGCUGCUGGUGGUGGUGGCUUCAAAGUACCUGCUGGGCCUUGUUUGGCUGCUGCUAGUGCCGGCCCUUAUUCUGCUGUUGCAGCUGCUGCUGCCGUGGGAAGAGGAGCAGUGGGAUAUAGUGGGAGCAGACAGACGGAAGUAGGGGGGCCUCAGCUGGACCAGAGAAUCAAGGGGCAGACUGUAGAGAGGGUGUACUCGCGGAAGAGGCUAAAAAUGGAUGUUACUGUAAAGAAAGAGCCAGUGGGCGAGGAGCCACUGGCAGGUGUGAGGGUGUGUGCUGGUGAGGGCGAGGGGGGUGAAGGAGUGGUGAAGAAAGAGUGGGAAGAGGUGCAGAGAGUGGGGGAGGAGGUGAAGAGAGUGGGGGUGGAGGUGGGGAAAGGGGGCCUCAUGCGUUAUGGGAGGGAGUAUCAGAGACGGAGGAAGCGGAUUCAGACGGAGGGGUGUGACGCUGCAGAGGGGCUAGUGGGGGAGAGUUUCUGUGCAGCAUGCACAUGCAGAGGCGCGGAUGGUGCAGGGGGGGUGCACACAGGGGGCGUGCACACAGGGGGCGUGCACACAGGGGGCGUGCACACAGGGGGCGUGCACACAGGGGGGGUGCACACAGGGGGCGUGCACACAGGGGGCGUGCACACAGGGGGCGUGCACACAGGGGGCGUGCACACAGGGGGCGUGCACACAGGGGGCGUGCACACAGGGGGCGUGCACACAGGGGGCGUGCACACAGGGGGCGUGCACACAGGGGCAAGGACUCCUGUGGUGAUAGCGCAUGAGCACAUGUGGCGCAUGGCUACGGAUCAACGGCCAGGAUUGCAGGGUGUGGCGGUGGAGGGAGCGGGACAGACGGUGCCGAGGAGCGGGUGGCAGAAGCAGGCUCUCUCUCUGCUCCCACCUGCCCCUCGUGGCCCCUCGUCGCCCCAUGAUGCAUGCGGUGACAUGCAUACUCAUACCAACACCAAAUCCCCCAUCCCUGCACAGGCUCAUAACCAUGCCCAUGCCCCUGCCCCUGCCCCUGCCCAUGCCCAUGUCCACGCGCAUGCACAUCCGUGUGUGCACAUCCCCGCAGCAUGUGGUCUCACCUACCCUGCAACAUGCAUGCAUCAUCACACCCAUGCCCUCGCCCACCCCCACGCUCAAGUGCCGUGUCACAUGCAUGCUGCUACUGCCAUGCCCCCUGACCUCUGCUGUCCCCACCAUGUGGGGCCAGUGCACAUGUGCGCACAUGGCAUGGCAUGCCCAGUAGCAGCAGCACAGGCGUGUGGCGAGGGAGUGGCGGCAGUGAGGGGUGUGACUCCAGAUGAUGUGCCUGAAAGGGGGUCCGCCACUGGCAAUGGCGCGCUGGCAGUGGGUGCACACGUGGACACUGCUGGUUGCACUGAUGUGACACGUCAGCAGGAAAGGGAAGGGGAUGGGGGACGCUUGGGGGGAGAGGAGGGGAAGAGAGACGGAAAGGAGGGGAUGUUUGAAGGUAGAGAAGGGAAAGGGGAGAGAGGGAGGGGGAGAGGAGUGAGAAGGGGUAGAGGAGGGAGAGGAGGGAAGGGAGGGAGAGGAGGGAGACGAGAUGGAAGAGGGAGCAAAGGCAGCGAUGGGAGAGAGGAUGUGGCUACAGGUGACCUCAAGGGGCUUGGCGUUGCUGCUGCUGCUGCUGCUGCUGCUGCUACUGCUGGUGGUGACGCCAGUGCUGCUGCUGCUGCUGCUACUGCUGGUGGUGACGCCAGUGCUGCUGCUGCAUGCGGGCAGGGCAGGAGAGGGGGCAUGUCUUGCGCUCGAGCAGCAGGGCCGGGCCGAGGGGGAAGUGGCAGCAGCAGACACGCAGCAGCUAGAGUGGUGGCAGCUGCAAUGACUCGCGUGGCGAGGGGAGGGCGGGGAGGGCGAGGAGGGCGUGGAGGGCAGGCGGGUGUGGUGUCCGCAGGGAGGGGAGGCGUGGCCAUAGGAGGUAGCAGUGACGUGGAGACAGGGGAAGAUGGUGCUGGCACCAAGGGGGGAGGGAGGGGAGGGAGAGGAGGGCGGGGGAGGGGGCGGAGGGGCGGGGGCGCGUGGUGGGGCGGGGGUGGGGGGCGAGGGGGCGCGGAGGCGGAGGGGGUGCGGGAUGCCAUGCUGGAGCGGCUGAGCCAGGCGCUGGUGGGGCAGCGCGUGCAGCUCUGGUGGCCCCUGGAACAGAGGUUCUUCGCAGGCACGGUUAUGGGCUUUGACCCCGCCACCAUGAAGCACCAUGUGAGUUGCCCCUCCACCAUGCAUGUGAACCCACGUGUAUGUCAUGUCAGCAUGCGGGGUAGCACCAUCCCUCCUCUCCCCUGUCUUCCACCCGCACUCCUCUCCUCCUCUCCCCCGCCUCCCUUCCCCGCUUCCUCCCCCUGGUCCAUACACUCACACUCUAAAGGCCUCACCAACCCUCCCUCCCCUCUUCUCCCCUUCCCCUCCCCCUUAUCUCCCUCCCCUCUUCCCCCCUUCCUUCCCUCCCUUCCAACCCCCUCGCUCCCUCCCCUCCUCCCUUUCCUCUGUUCGCAGGUGCGGUACGACAAUGGGGACGAGGAGCACAUGGUGCUGGGCCGCGAGCAGUGGCAGCUGGAGGCGCACCCACCGGGCAGAGCAGGCAGAGGCGCGCAGGGGGGAAGCAGCACGGGGAGAGGCACAGGGGAGGGCGCUGGAGAGGGGGCAGGGGGCGAUGGGGAGGGGGAAGGAGCAGGGGAGGAGGCAGGAGGGAGAGGCAGGGGGGUGAAGCGGGGUGUGGGGUCGGGCGGAGCUGCUCGUGCUGCUACGGGCAAGGGCAAGAGGCUUGCGGAUGGUGCGCCCCUGCUGAGCCUGGCCGAUGCGCCGAAGCUGUUUGGUUCGGCGCAGCGGCCAGGUUCGGGGCUGAGCCGGGCGGAGCAGGAGGCGCUGGCACGGCAGCAGGCGCUGGUGGGGCGAAGGGUGGAAGUGUGGUGGCCGCUGGAACAGAGGUUCUUCAAGGGGGUCAUUGGCGGCUACGAUGCUUCCACUCUCAAGCACAGGGUGGCAUAUGAUGAUGGUGACGUGGAGCACGUAUCUUUGCGUGCGGAGCGGUGGCGCUUUGAGAGACAAACGGUGCCACCCACUGCCUGCUACUCGUUGCCCUUCUCCUGGCGAUCCGAGCCACUGACCCACCGUGCGGUGCGCGACCUGCAGGGCGAGCAGAUCAGGAUUUGGGCACCGCAACUCCACAGGUUCCGCAACGGCACGGUGGUAUCAGUGGCACACAGCAAGUUUACCAUCGAG